GGCGCGCCUUCCGUGGACCAAGGGUUGCAGAAGCGUGGCAAAUCCUAAACAAGCGACCUUUGGGACUGACUUUGUGAACCGGGAAGUGACAAGCCAGUCACGGCUUGCGAGACGUCGACCGGCGGCGGGUGGAAGAAUCCCCGCACCUCAGGCCGUAGAAGACUCGGGUUUCGGCUACUCCUGCCUGUAGCCCUCUGUCGGGAGCCGUCUGUCCUUCUGGCUACGCCCUACACCUCCCCAUUGGCUCCUCCAGGCACGUGGUCGGGCGGUCCCGCCUCUGGGUGGCUUGAGAGGCGGCACGCGAAGCCGCAUGGACAGCUUGGCGCCGGGCCGAUGGAGACGACGGAGGAUGGAGGAGCUGCCAGCGGCAGGGGACCCGAAACGGGCGUGCAGGAGGUCAGAAGCUGGUGGGCAUGAGUGCAGCGGCCACAUGCUAAGCACCUGUGCCCUGGUGUCCUGGAGCACAGAGGACCAGGACCCACGGCCACGAGGCCCUCCUGCACCACGGCCAGAGUGUAGCCAGGAGAGACUCAGCUCAGUGGUAUGUUCCUCUUGCCACCGAACCCACCAUUCUGCAGAACGGUGGAAGGAGUUCAGCCCAGCCUUGCCUGAGAUGUGUUGCAGGGGAAUCUCGAGUCCCAGCAUCUGUCCCCUGCUAAGUGAAGACUCUCAGAAGACAUCAUGCUGGGCUAAUAUCCACUUAUAAGGCCAUUUCAACCAUACCGGGAAUCAUUAGAAGAUGCCAAUGGGAAGAAGACAGAUUCCAGCUGCGUGUGGAUCCUUGCGUGGUGGCCAGUACAAACCCUUACAGCUGGCCUGGGUGCCCACCUGUUCUGUGUCAGUCAGGGCUCUCGGCAGGGGUUGUUUGCCUCUCAAGUAACCCCUCUGUCCUCUGCAGAAGGCCAGGAACAUGCUGAGUGUGAUACUCACAGCCUCUUCUCUAACGUCCUCUAGAGACAUUAGAGACAGGAAAUUAUGUAGAAGUCAACAAAUUCUGUAUCUAACUGCCUAGAGAGGUUCUGGAGCCUCGGAGCUCAUGUAAUCAUAAGGCUCAGCUGGAGAUCUCCCCGCCCGUGGACUUUGGGUUGUUUCUGGACAUGACCAGGGCUGCGCACAUACUCUUUUUUAAUUCAAAGACUUAUUUUUAUAUUUAAAAUGCUGUAUAAUCUUGAAGUCAAUUUUACUAAAUGCUGUUGUCCAAUCAAGCUAUGUAAUUCUCCAGCUGAAAUUAUCAGGGACAGAACCCCAUCUGUAUUAAAAUGGAAACUGUGGACA